UGGUAGAAGAAAACCAUGCUAUUAUAAUCAAAGGGAUUCUGUAAAAUGUAUGUCUAAAUCUAUUACUGUGGCAAAAAAGAAAAUACAAAAAAGAAAAGAGUAUCGAAUUAUUAUAUACAAGCCUGAUUGUGCCACAGAUCUAUUUGCUAAAACUAUUCCUCUCUUGGCAAAAAAAG